CUAAUCCACAGGUAGCCCGAGGAAAGCGUGGCGCCAUGUUUGCACUGCCAUGUGAAUGAAUGCAUUGGGGAUAACUCGUAUACUAUGAGCAUUGUGACUAAAAGUUUCGGCCAUAUUUCCUAAGGGAGAGAGUGCUGUCAUUCUCAAGAUGAAUUUUUUACCAGCUGGAGCCGAGGAAAGUUCAGAUGAUGAUGGGUUUAGUUUUAGCUACGAGCCAAGAAGAAACGUUCAAUCUCACAACACAACGAACUCAACUAAAAAGACGACUUCGUAUGGCAUCCCAGCUGGUGCGGAAUCCUCAGACGACGACUUUGAUUGCUUUGGAUCGUUUGCAGAUCGAAAUGUUUCCAAAAACACCACAAGUUAUAAAAACAAUGGUGGUGGUUCAGAGGUAGUGACAUCUGGGAACACUGUGGAAAAGCCGCAGUCAAUGGGCAGAGGGAGGGGAAUGUUGGACAACAGGGGUAGGGGAGGUUUUGGUACCCCAACUCCCCCUCCACAAUCUGGCAGGGGAAGGAAAAGGAACCAAAGGAAAAGUGCAUCUCACAAGCCAUCAGGCCCUAGUCCAGUACAACUUGAAGAUUUUAAAGUAGCAGUUGUAAAAGGAAAUAUUGCGGUAGUACAGAAAUCUAUUGAUGAAGGCAUUCCUGUAGAUGUAGUGCUGAGUUCUGGUUGGACAGCUCUAAUGCAUGCGGCAAACUCUGGCAACACUGAACUGGUAAAGAAUCUCCUGAGCCAAGGCGCUAAUGCAAAUUUCCACAAAGAUAUGUACACAGUCUUGAUGGCUGUGUGCGAUGCUGCACCCAGUGUGGAGGAGGAGAAGGCGUUCCAGUGCUGUGAGUUGCUGCUUGAGAAUGGUGCAAGAACAGGUGUAUAUGACAGGCACCGCAUAACGCCCUUGAUGUAUGCAGCUCGUCAAGGAAGAGUGUCUCUAUGCAAGAAACUAAUAGAAAAGGGUGCACAGGUGGACAAGCAGGACGUCAGGGGGUGGACGGCCUUAUCAUGGGCUGCAUCAGAGGGCCAUGGAAGGCUUGUAAGGGUGCUGCUAGAUUACAAGGCAGACCCUCAGCUCUAUAGUAGUGAUGGCCAAGCGCCUUGUGAUAUUGCCUAUUCUAAAGGGCAUGAUACGAUAGCUGAGAUCCUUGAGGCUGCUUCAUCUGGGGGACUAAGGCUGGCUAGGGUUAACAGAGUAGAGGGGGACAACGAGUCUGUUUGUGAUGAGCUCCAUUUGUUUCUGAGUGGACUUGAGCUUGGGCAUUUAGUACCAAAAUUCAAGGAGCACAAGGUUGUAUUUACAGAUCUACUAAAAAUGACAGAACAUGACCUUAAACAGAUGGGAAUCUCACAGGUUGGGGUACGCAAGAAGCUUCUUGACGCCAUCUGUGAUGUGCACAGCAAAGAAUGGACAACCACUUCGCUACAGCAACAUAAAAAGUUAAUUAGUGCCCCGGAGGUGACAAACGUACUGGCAAACAUCAGCAAGCAUCUGUCGGUUAUCCAUGCUAGUGUCGGCUACGCCCAAAAACAGAUUCAAGCCAUCUCGGAUCCUACUAUGUUUAUAAAGGAUGUUAGCGAGGCGGAGGGACUUGUAUUGUACGCCAGAGAAGCAUCCUCAACCGCUGCAUCUCUACAGCAUGACAUGGCUGCCCUGCAGACACGUGUGAAUGAACUCUCGAUUCAGACAGCGCUUAUAUCCGCGGAUCUGAUAAACCCGAAGUACAGCACAGAAGGCUCACAGAAAUCAAGAUCAAUAAUGGCUCCGCUUUUACUCCUCGGCAUAGCGGGCGCAGCCAUUGCUGGCUUCUGCUACAAGAAAUACGCGACGUGACAAGAGGUAACAUACGGGCUUCGAAGACUUGGUGUCACGUGAGACAGAUUUAUGGAUUGAUUGGUCAGAAUCAGUGAGUGCGCCGAAACACAACACGUGGCUCGCACACGAGGUUGGCUUGAGGACAAUAUUAUGCUCAGCCUUUUCUUUGUUAUCUCGUUCCAAAAGUAUCGGCGAGUCAUAUAUGAUGCAGGCAGCUCCCGAAAUUUUCAUAAGUUGAUUUAUUGUUCUAGUUAUUUACAGACGUCAUGUUUUAAUGUUUUACGGACAUUCCUGGUUAAAGCUUCCUCAGAAAGAGUAAUUUGACAAAUCCUGUUUAUACAUUAUCCAGACAAAUCUCUCUUGCAUUUACGUGGUUCAAUUUCACCGUGUUCUUGGUCAUUUGGUCAAGUAUGUGAGGGCUGGGUGCUCAGGCCGAGGGGAUGAGGUCGUCGAUCGGGCGAUUGCGCUCAAGUCGCAUCUCCAUCUGGAUGAGCAGGCUGACGCCGUCAAUCACCUUCUGCACAAGCUGCACCUAUAGAUACCACACAUGGGAUGAUGACAGGAAGAUCACCUUUUUCAUCGGGGGCACACCCUACUGGUCAUUUCCUUUUAAUUGAGUGACCCACCCCCUGCUACCCGAAGGCCCUGCUACGGCAUGGUGAGGGUGGUAACAAUGGAGGUAACAUCGCCAUCAUAUUAUCAUUGUCGUCAUAACCUUCAACAUUUAUUAACCCCCACCCUCAAUUAACCACCUCCAUCAAUUAGCCUCCUCCAUCAAUUGUCAUGGGCAUAAUACUCAUCAUCACUUAUUAGCUAUCACCGAAAUCAUCUUCAUCAUCAUAAAAGUUCCUAUCAUUUACAUAAUAACAGACAUCACGCUAUCAUCUUCAAGAGUUAUUAUUGUCAUCACCAACAAUACCGCCAACAAACAAAAACAGCUACAUUUGGUGCCGUUAUGACACACUUCAAUCCUACGUGGUCGUACCUCGGAGAAUCCGAGUCUGUCAGAGUUUGAGAUGUCAAAGAUUCCACCCUCGGCCGCUGUAUCCACCCCACCUAUAAUAAGACAUUGCUUUGAGCAUUUUGAAUAGUAGAGCACACGUGAAAUAAAACCCCGCUUAUCACAAAA